AUGCGCUCCUUCCUUCUUGCCUCGCUGGCCUCUCUGUCGGUCAUCAGCGUCUACGGCCAUCCUCAUGCCCGGAGUACGCUUACUCGCCGGGGCGUUGACCUAGAUUCAUACCGCAUGAAGCAUGCCGCCACAUACAAGAACGUUGCAGAGGUUGUGGCCGACCACAACAUCAACACACUGGCAAAGCGUGCUAGUGCCCAAGACAUUGCUACCGAUCUCGUCAAAGCUACUAUCCCUAAUGCUACCUUCCGUCUUGUAUCAGACUCGUACGUCAGCGAUAACGGUGUGGCACAUUUCUACUUCAAGCAAACCGCCAACGGUCUUGAUAUCGACACUGCCGACUUCAACGUCAACAUUGGUCGUGAUGGCAACGUCUUCUCUUUCGGAAACUCUUUCUACAAGGGCGACGUCCCAGCACCACCAAGUCUGACCAAGCGUGAUGGUUCUGAGCCCGUAGCCGCCUUGAAGUCGGCUGUCGAUGUCCUCGCUCUCCCAGUUUCUGCUCAAUCGGCAACCGCCGAGCCCAAGGAUGCAACUGAGACUUACGCUAUCAAGAAGACCACUGGAACUGUCAGCGAGCCUGAGGCCCGCCUUGUCUACCUUGUAGAUGAUGAGGGCAAGCUCGCCCUUACCUGGAGAGUUGAGACUGACAUUAUGAGCAACUGGCUUCUGUCCUACGUUGAUGUCAAAGACGGCAGCAAGGUGCAUGCGGUUGUCGACUACUCUGCCGAUGCAACCUACAACGUCUACCCAUGGGGAAUCAACGACCCAACUGAGGGAGAGCGACAGCUUGUGACCGAUGGUUUCUAUCCUCCAGCCAGUGAGUUUGGAUGGCACAAUGACGGCAAGAUGGCGUUCAAGACAACCCGUGGCAACAACGGAAUUGCACACACAAACUGGGACAACAAGAUGAGCGGUUUCCUCGACCUACCCCGCCCUACCAGUGAGGACCUGAACUUCGACUACCCCUUUUCACUCAACCAAACCGACUUCCACGACUACGGCAAUGCAUCCAUCACUCAGCUAUUCUACACCUCUAACAAGUACCACGACUUGCUCUACACAUUGGGCUUCAACGAAAAGGCUGGAAACUUUGAAAUCAACAACAACGGUGCCGGUGGCGUCGGACAAGAUUUCGUCUACCUCAACGCACAAGAUGGCGAGCGCUUCAACAACGCCAACUUUGCCACACCUCCCGAUGGCUCACCCGCACGUAUGCGCAUGUACAUCUGGAACCAGACCACACCAUUCCGUGACUGCUCCUUCGAAGCUGGUGUAGUAAUCCACGAGUACACUCACGGCCUGUCUAACCGUCUCACUGGUGGCCCCGCAAACUCUGGCUGUCUCUCUAUGCUUGAAUCCGGAGGUAUGGGAGAGGGCUGGAGCGACUUCUUCGCCACUGCCAUCCGUCUCAAGCCCAGCGACACCCGCGCCAAGGACUACACCAUGGGUGAGUGGAUUAGUGGAAGUGAAUUUGGUAUUAGAAAUUAUAAGUACUCGACCAACCUGGAAGUCAACCCCCAGGUCUACACCGACGUAGACCAGUACACCAGGGUCCACCCCAUCGGCAACAUUUGGGCAUCCAUGCUCUACGAGGUGCUCUGGAACCUCAUCGACAAGUACGGCAAGAACGACGACUGGCUCCCCGAGUUCAACAGCGCUGGUGUGCCCAAGGAUGGAAAGUACCUCGCCAUGAAGCUUGCGCUCGACGGUAUGGCUCUCCAGCCCUGCAACCCUACCUUUGUGUCUGCCCGUGACGCCAUUAUUGAUGCCGACAAGGCGCUUACUGGUGGCGCCAACCUAUGCGAGAUCUGGAGCGGAUUCGCAAAGAGGGGUCUGGGCGAGAAGGCCGUGUACAGCACCGGUGGCAGGACGAACAGCUUCGAUGUGCCUGCAGGCGUUUGUAACAACUCGACCGUAUCAUCGCAGGCGAGGCGCGUGAAGCUCCCAUUGUCUGUGUAA